AUGGUGCGGGAGCUUUCAUGUCCAGGAGUCUCCGUGUUGAUAAGACGACGACGACAGCCUGCGCAUCUGUUCUCCUCGACGACAGCUGAUAGUGUUUGUUUUUUCGGCGUUGCGCAUCCCUAAUAAUAUUGCUCCGAAAGUCAUGGCUCUGAAGACAGCAGCCAUGACAGGAAUCUCCGGGACCGUGUCACUGGAAUCCGGUUUCAGAGCAAUAAAGGACGUGGGAAUGUCUGGUAUGGAUAUGUCUUCCUUCUCUGGCUGCAGGCUCCAAGUUAAAGGCAGCAAGAAACCAGCUUCCUUGACUGUCAAGACCACUUCAGGUGUAAGGUGUAUGGGAGCUGAAGUGCCUCCAGCUUGGCCUGGAAGGGCUGUCAUAGAAGACGUUAAGAUCAGAAACGGUCCGAAACCUAUCUCCCUUAUCGGAUCGACUGGCUCUAUCGGUACACAGACCCUCGACAUUGUCGCCGAAAAUCCGAAUAAAUUCAAGGUCGUGGCUUUGGCUGCUGGUUCCAAUGUCAGCUUGUUGGCUGAACAGAUUAAGGCGUUCAGACCUAGCCUCGUGGCAGUUAAGAACGCUUCAUCAGUGCCUGCUUUAAAGGAAGCCCUUGCUGGAUUGGACAAGCUCCCAGAAAUCAUGGUGGGCGAGGAAGGCAUUGUGGAGGUGGCGAGGCAUCCAGAAGCCGUCACUGUCGUCACAGGGAUCGUUGGUUGCGCAGGAUUGAAGCCCACAGUUGCUGCUAUUGAAGCUGGAAAGGACAUUGCUUUGGCUAAUAAAGAAACCUUAAUUGCUGGAGGUCCAUAUGUUUUGCCUUUGGCCAAGAAGCAUGGCAUUAACAUCUUGCCUGCUGAUUCUGAGCACUCGGCCAUCUUCCAGUGUAUCCAAGGUCUUCCUGAAGGUGGAUUGAGGCGGAUUAUCCUCACAGCAUCCGGAGGUGCAUUCAGGGAUUGGCCUGUGGAGAAGUUGAAGGAGGUUAAAGUAGCAGAUGCUUUGAAGCAUCCCAACUGGAGCAUGGGCCGCAAAAUUACGGUUGAUUCUGCCACGCUCAUGAACAAGGGGUUGGAAGUGAUUGAAGCUCACUAUCUCUUCGGUGCUGAUUACGAUGACAUUGAUAUUGUUGUCCAUCCCCAAUCAAUCAUUCAUUCCAUGGUGGAGACACAGGACUCUUCAGUAAUUGCUCAAUUAGGCUGGCCAGACAUGCGGCUUCCCAUCCUGUACACCAUGUCGUGGCCAGAGCGCAUUUCCUGUUCAGAGAAGACCUGGCCUCGUCUGGACUUUUUCAAAAUGGGAAAUCUUACUUUCAUGAAGCCCGACCACGCAAAAUAUCCCUCUAUGGCACUCUCUUACAGCGCUGGUCGAGCUGGUGGAACGAUGACUGGUGUACUGAGUGCUGCAAAUGAAAAGGCCGUUGAGCUUUUCCUUGAGGAGAGGAUUGGCUACUUGGACAUCGUGAAAGUGAUCGAGAAGACCUGCGAGAAGCACAGGGAGGAGUUGGUUGAAUUGCCUUCCUUGGCAGAGAUUCUUCACUACGACGGAUGGGCACGAGAAUACGCACAAGAACUGAUAGAAUCAGGUUCGUUUCGGACAAAAGUAGUGGCGUAGUGGAAUCCAUUGCAACACUGCUCGUCCUGAAGAAGCCGAAGCUAACUGUAGACGAAGGCCUAUUCUAACAAACGCCCGCAACCUAAUGGUCUACUGCAGCAGCUGUUUGUAAACUAGGUGCAUUUAUGUAGUGUGGUCUAGGUUUUGAUUCACACAGAACGCAACACGUUCUGACCAACAAGUGAUUCUAGAAGCUUCCUAGCGAAGUAGCGCCACAAUUUAAAGUCUUUCAUUGUAGGGAAGCCGUAAGGGAAAGCUUGACAGGUCUCAGUUGCUUCCGAAAUACUGCAACUGGCUUAAAAGGGUAACUGGGCAGUAUUCAAUGAUAGAGGAAUUUUCGACUUGGGUAUGACAACUCUUAUGUGUGGAUUGUGAAAUGGAGACAAAUUGUGAUGUUAUCCAACGCUCUCCUUUUCUUUCUCAUGUUUUUACCUUUUGGGUUUUCUUGUUUGAAUAAGAUCCCAGAUUUGAAGGUAUCUUUUUAUA